GCGAUUCAUUCAAUGACCACAGUAUUAACGCGGGAAAGAAAACAGCUUAACAGUCAUCAAAACAACGAGUGAAUACGGUUGCGCCAGUCUCUAAGCUGCAUUGUGAAGAUUUAUACUAGCGCAUGGGUCGGUGUUAUAAGAGGUAGCCGGGCUUUGCGCCUGGGUUGUGAAGGAUACAGGAGAUUAACAGAGGCAAUUACGAUCACGUCGUCGACAUCAUGGCGCAACCACAGCAACAGCAACCUCCGUACCCCAUGCCUCAGAGGCCCUUUUCUCCCCCGCAGCCAGUUAAUUCACCUUCAACGCAAACCCAACAGCAGUUCGCGUUUCCGCCCCACAAGCGACAAAGAAUGUCUCCCAAUCCGCCCUCUCAACCAGGUUCGCCAUAUGUUACAUCACCAUAUGCUGCUUCUGGUCAGAAUUCAGCUUCACCUUCGCCGCAUUUUUCAACUGUGCAAAUUCCUCAGGGCGCCUAUACCACGCCAUAUUCGAAUGGAUCGAAUGCGCAACCAUCGCCUUCAUUGAAUCUGCCGCAAACUCCGAUGGCUCUUCCACCUCAUGCGCAACCAAGUCCAUUGAGCUUCCCAAACCAAGUUCAGCAUCACCAUCAAGGAAAUAUGGCGUCGGCUCAUUUCAACAACUUUAAUUUGCAGAUGCCACAACAGCACCACCCUGGCGGAGUUAUGGGCCCACCUUCGAGACCGGUCGAUAAAAAUAAGGUUGAUGGUUUGGAUCCGUUGGAUGUUUUGGGGGGAACUGGUGUUGAUCUUGCAGAGGAGGAACAAUAUACAUUUCAGCAGUAUUCGUCAUCGUUCAAUGCUCAAGGCUCAAGGUCACACCCAGGAAAUAUUUCGGCAGGUCACAGUUUUACUCAGUUUCCACCAGGGAAUGAGGGAGCCUUUUACGGCUCAGGUCCGGCUAAUCAACCCGGAGAGGCACCAAAUGCCAAAUCACAAGAGGAUUUCGAGAAGAAGGCUGCGGACAAAGCAUGGCAUGAUGCGGCUCGUGACUUGGCAGUAUCAAGGCAAAGGGAAUUAAAUAAUCCAUUUUUAAAUGUUGGCCACGUUCACAAGAGGAUGGAGAAGAUCGCACAUGAUAAUGGUCUUGGGUUGAAUACAGAUUUAAAUGGAAAGAUGGGAACUAUGAAACUACCUGAACAUUUCCCUGAUACGACUGUCAAAGUGCAAACUGCGGUUGGACCAGAUGGAGCUAUCACUGCAACAACAGGUGCCUUCAUUCCAUCUGAUUCUUUACUUGUUGACCAACUUGCGCUUAUGUCUAUCUCUACCAAGCAUCGACUUCGUGGAUUAUUAGAGGAUGGAUUAAAGUUAGCUAUUGGUCGACAGACAAGCUCUCAUGCCCAAAUUAGGGAUGAAUGGACAGAUGUUGCUGUACCAGCGAUAAAACCUAGUGUUGCUACUAUUGUUAAUGAAGGUGGCCCACGGAUUGGAUGGGAGAGUGCUGUCAGCCCUCUCAGCAACCCUCUCAAACGCCCUCUCUCAGCUGCAGGUAGAUUGCCUACCCCUGUAUCAGAUAGUGCGAAGGCACAGACUAAGUCUUUUGCGAAUGAUGUUGCGUUGACACUUCGAAAAUGUGCUACCAAGGAGCAAGAAGCUGAAGAGGCUCGACUGCGAAGACGUAAAGCUCGUGAGUCUGGUGAUGGAUCUCGUGCGGGUUCAAUAAACCCGGGUACGCCAGGUUCCAUGGCUCCGGAUAUUCUUGACAAGCCACCCACCAAGAAAGAAAUGAAGAAGAAAGCAGAGGCAAAAACUAGUGAGGCAGCAAGUCACGCAGCAGCCAAUGUAACAACUACACAAUUUUUGGGUGGUGGAAAGAGUAUGUUCGGAAAGAAGAAGCAAUAUAGUUGGAUGACUGCUGGAGGAUCCGGUAGUGGUAGCAGCACGCCAGGUAAAAUCAUGACCCAAGGUCUUGGCUCUUCUGGUGCAAGCCCCGUUGCGAAUCCGGGACCCGAAAAAAUGACUACCGAUGGAGUGCGAAGGUUAGGAACUUGGCGAGAAGAUGGUGGCAAGGGACGAAAUAUCCAGCUUCGAGAUUGGAUCAUGGUUCUCGAGGAUGAUGGCAGGGAGAAAAAGGCACUACAAAAAGCAUACGCUCAGGUGGAUGAUGAUCGGAAUGCGUAAGUGAGAAAGAAGGAAAGAAAUAUUGGUUUCAUGGAUAGGGCAAUUGCAGAAUAAUAUUUGCAUGGCGUUGCAUGGAUCACCAGGCGUUUUGCAGUGUCUCCUCGACGGGAAGGAUGGGCACACUUCUUCAAUCCCAUUGGGGAUUCUCUGAAUGAAUUACAUACUAUAUGGUUGUGUGGGGGUGAGAACGUUUGCAUAUUUCGUCUUACCAUUGGGUUUGAUUUGUGAAUCGAGACCUUUUUUUGAUCACGAUAUAUUAUUUUGUGCAAUGUGAUAGGCAAUUAGGUAGCAAUAACUCAUCCACAAACCAAGUGUCUAUCUGGUAUUA